CCGACGAUGUGCCGAACAAAUCAUUCCAAUCCACUCUGAAGAUGAAGUGCGCUAUUCUUUUAGCUAUUGUUGCAUUCUCCAACGCUUCUCCCCUUUUCGGGACAUACGGGGUUGACUACCCUACGGGCGGCCUUUGGGGGUACCAACAAGCCCAAAUCGAGCCAAUCAAUCGCUAUGGGUUCUCCAAGAACACCAUUUGCGACCAACUAAGGAGAAUUAAGGACUUGCAGUGGAGAGUGGAGCAGAACCCUUCACAGCUUUUCGAUUCUGAAUUCCAUCACGGACUAGACACCAGCAACUACCAUCCAUAUGUUCAUCAAAUGUGUGGUGAAGAAGCCGCCUCAGUGUUUCAGCAACUGAAUAACCAUCAGCACUACUUCGGAGUGGGAACUUACACUCCAACUGGCUUUACCACCGACAAUGCUCACUUUCAAGUUGGAGGAGUGGCUAAUGGCGUCAACACUGAAACCAUCCACAAACUGGCCGAUGAACAUGAAAAGACCAGCAUCGAAAUGGAAAUAAACCAUCACCAACAUUCGGCUCAACAGUUGAAGCAACAGCAGCAAUUCGUCGACCAGCAAAAGCACGAGAUUCAGAACCAAUUGGCUUCGGGAGGACAUUUUGGGGCCACCAAACAAGUCUACAACCUGAAGCAACUGCAUGAGAAUCUUCACCAGCAGGAAUGCCAGCUGAUCAAGGAGCAACUUUCCCAUCACAUUGCCGCCUUGGAGUUGCAAAUCGCUCUUAUCCAUAAGGAUGUUCAAUUGUUGGACGACACUGUUCAAGAACAUGAAGUUCAAAGAAUUACCGCUGGAAGCGAUUUUUCGACGAGGAAUUGGUCUGUUUAGGUUUAGAUGGAUUUC